AUGAACUGUUUGAGUAUCCGAAAUGGGGGGCACGAGAUGGAAUUCGAGGAGCCGAGCGCACCGCCUUGUUAUCUGGCGCAGCCACCUUACAACCCCGAAUAUGUAUAUGAAAACAUUGAAUAUUUAAAAGGCCUUCAGACGUGGGGCGUGUACCAAACGGAGUCGCUCGUACGACGCGCGUGUUGUGAAGAUUACGAAUGCGGUGACAGAGGGCGUCGCUCUCUGUACGAAGGAGUCAACUGUCCACCGGUGAGUGCGUCAAGUAACCCAAGUUGUGUGCAGCACGACGCACGUCUCGCCGGCGCUUACGCA